CGGCUCGCCCCGACACGCCCAGCGGUGAAUUGAUAGACAUCGCGACCUCGGACCUCUUGGCCCAUUAUAUUUCGUUUUUCAAGCUUCAUCGUUGCCUAUCUCGGAAUAGCUGUUCCUCAGACCCUCAAUUGAUAGCCCCCCAGAGAGGUGAUCGUCCGCCUUCAGGCCAGUCUCUCCCGCAGGCCAGUCGGGUCAUCAAGAAAUUCCGGGUUCAUCGCGAGAGCAAUAUCUAUAAAGGUCGUUGCAUCAUCCCCCGCGACUUCGAUUGUCCGAAUCGAGGAAAUUCAACGAAAUUGAGCAAGUUCCAAUACAAGUUCCAAUAUUAUGGCUACAGUCCGAUCGCGACUGGCUCACUCGGUCAAGCUAGCCACCCGUCACACAAAAAGCAGGUCAUUUUCUUCGACGUCCCAAUAUGGUAGUGACACUGCUAGCACGACAAUCUCCAUCGCAAGCCUUCUUGAUCGCGGGCCCGCAGACCCCAAUAACGUCUGUGUAAAUGGCUUCGUCCGCUCGGUGCGGAGUCAGAAACGGCGGUCCUUUGUGGAUCUCGGAGAUGGAUCAACAUUGGAGCCACUGCAAGCCCUCCUAAGCCCAGAGCAAGCCCAGAGGUGUGCGGAUUAUAUUGCUCCCGGGUAUCGAAAAGGUGACUGACACAGCGUUGGCAGUCUCUCAACAGGAAUGGCUGUCCGACUGAAGGGCGCGUGGAAAGAAUCACGCUUCCCGGAAUCGCAAACUCACGAACUCCACGUAACUGCUAUAGACACAUUGGGAUUCUCAGACGCAGCGGUAUGGGGUGGAGAAUACUAGAAUCAAACGAUAAUUACUAAAUCCCGUCAGACCAACCCUAUUCAGAAGAAGUAUCAAACGAAAGAAUUUCUUCGAACCAUACCUCAUUUGCGAAGCCGUAUUCCCUUUAAUUCAACCUUGCUUCGACUUCGUUCGGAUUGCAUAUCAGAGAUAACUCGAUUUCUUGCGGCGGAAGGCUUCACUCAGACCCACACCCCAAUAAUUACAUCCUCGGAUUGCGAAGGGGCAGGCGAGGUCUUUCAUCUCGAAAGUUCACACAAGGGCCCGAUCAGCGAACAUGACGAUGGAACAUUCUUUCGGUCUCCAAAAUACUUGACAGUAUCAAGUCAACUGCACCUGGAGGCUCUAGCACAAUCAAUUGGCAACGUUUGGACAUUAUCUCCAACAUUUAGGGCAGAAAAAAGCGACACCAAGCGUCAUCUCAGUGAGUUCUACAUGCUCGAGCUUGAGAUGAGUUUUGUGGAGGAUAUGAGCGUUGUGAUGAAUGUGGUGGAAAAACUGGUUCAGAGUAUUACAUUGCCACUUUUGACUUCCCGAGUAGGUAAAGAGUUGCUUGCUACCAGAACUCGCGAUGGGGAAGAAACUGGCGAGUCUUCAGAAUGGUUAAGAGAUCGAUGGUUGGCUAUGAAAGGCCCUUGGCCUCGUAUCACAUAUACCGAAGCCAUUCAAAUUUUGCAAACAUCAGGUAUUAACUUUACCAAUACCCCUCAGUGGGGUCUUGGAUUUAGUAUCGAGCAUGAGCAACAUGUCGCCAGCGUUUUCAAGAAGCCCGUUUUCGUUACUCAAUACCCACGCGAUAUCAAACCAUUUUAUAUGCUUCCCUCCAGGGAGUCAACUGACAUGGGAGAGACUGUGGACUGUUUCGAUCUUUUGUUACCAGAGGCUGGAGAGCUUGUCGGGGGUUCUAUGCGUGAACAUCGCCUGGAUCCUCUGAUCGCUUCAAUGCGGUCCAGUGGUAUGAUACCACAUGGCCCACCAGAAUUCAUCUCAGAUGAGCAGCUAGGUAGCCUGAAGUGGUAUGUUGAUCUGAGACGCUGGGGGAGUGUUCCACACGGUGGAUUCGGGCUCGGUUUCGAUCGCCUUCUGGGUUACUUGGCUGGUGUCCAAAACAUCAGAGAUGUAAACACUUUCCCUCGGUGGGUGGGGCGAUGCGAAUGUUAGACUCUAGGUCCUGGGACCUAUCUUUGACGCCGGAAUAUUACGAGGCCACCUCAACUCUCGCAGAGCAACAGCAGUUCCACGCUCGCUUUGGAUUGUUCCCAAACCCCCACUCUGUAAAACAAAACUGCGCGGCCUAGCGAGGAAUACGAUCAUUUAAUCCUGUGGUACGAAUCUCUAAUUCAACAUGACGGCUUAAAGAGACAUGCUACCUUUAAUAAAUAAUGUACUAGAGUAGUUUUGUUACAACCGAAACGGGCCUGGUACAUGGGAAGGUUCCGGUCCUUGUU